ACAGCCAGUGGACCGAUACGACCUCUUCACUUAGUCAAGAAGCCCUGCUUAACUAGGCUCGAAGCGGCUAGUCUCUGCUUGAACGACCAAUCAUGAUACUCCAUUCCAGUCCUCAUCAACUACAGCCUCAACCUCUCCACUUCGUCAAGCAGACGCCUGCGAGAAGACUCACACGACGCCCUGCGCCUCGCAGGCCAUCGGGGUUGCAUUCGUAUCAACAAAAAGCAUCUCAAUUCGGGCCGACCACAUCCAGUCGGGCUUCGCCAGCGUUCUCGGUCCCAUCUCCUAUCAAUGCAUCUGGUGUGAUCACGGCUGCGAAGCGCACCGCGUUCGGACUCGAAGCACAAGAUAUCAUCAGCCAGAAGCCUAGCGACACCCCGCUCAAGGUUCGCAAAGUACGAGGCCGUGGAGCAUCUGGAUCCGACUCAGCCCAAAGCAUUGCCAGCAACUCUUCUUACGUAAACCGUAGCAAUCCUAUAACAUCUUACACAGGCCAGGAGGCUGACGCGAUAUCUGUAAACCGAUCGAUACAGUGUCUCCCGAGGUCCUCGAGUGUUUCCUUGGAGAACGUCAACCCCGGUCUACAUAGCCAAGCAGUACAAUCUGCCAGUUCGCUGGGGGAACGAGCAAUUAUAGCAGCUGGUGGUCAGAUCACCCCAAAGCAGAUCAAAAGUUCGCCAAGAAUAACUCCAAAAAGACGCACAUCAACAAAAAGGAGAGUCCUCACGAAAAUGUUUGGAGGCUUUCAGACAAAAUCGAAGACUCCACCUCGGCAGCGAAGCGGUCAAUCUGAAAGCAGUCUAUUUCGUAGGCUUUCGGGCAGAAGCGAAUCCACUGACACCUCGCGUUCCAAGAGUCCCGCGACCGUUGCUCCAUCCACCGAAACACUAAUAACCAGCCAGUCGACUUACAAUCUACUCGAGAGUCCGCAGACACCGAGAAGCGACCGCGUUACUUCCGCACCUCCCCCUUCUCCUUCGACCUCAAGUGAGGUCGGAUUGCCAAACGCUGGCACUUCUUCACAAUCUGUUCUUCCUCUCAUCAAGCCUGAAUACCCGCCUCUACUGCAUUUGGAGCUGAAUUUCAUUGCUGAGGUGGAGAGCCUUGAUUGCAAGAGCGAGAGAAAAAUAUGGGUAGCUAUAGAGGGCAGGGGAGCAGCUGACCCGCCAAUCUCUGGGACCAGGAAAAGACAGCUCGGACUGGAUGUUGUCAUAGUCAUUGACAAUUCUCAUACCUCCUCCCAAGAAUGUCUCGACAACGCACACAAGAAUGUCAUUCUUCUAGCAGAGCUGUUGAACCGUCCCAACGAUCGACUCGCGGUAUUUUGCACGCAUUGUCAACACCAGGUCCAGGAUUCCGAAAAUCUUACCGGAUGUCACUUGCACCCCCUACAGGAGCCGUGUGUACAAUCCUUGAGAGAGGAGCUACAAUCCAUCAAAGACCGUCCAAUACUGCCCUUCCGACAGUCCCCGCCACUUGACGAGGCUGUUGGUGCUGCUAUACGAGUUCUCUCUCAGUCAGCUAGCUCAAGAAGAGAAUCAUUGCGGGACGGAGCAACUCAUGUUUUUGUGUUCUCUGCCACACCUGCGGAUUGCCUUCACAUAAUUCCAGACUUCCCAUUUGUUCACAUUCACCUUGUUAACCCAAGCUCGAUUCCAUUUCCCAUCCAGCAAGCGUCACUAGGAGCCUGGACAAUGUCAACGCUUAUCACCGAAUUAGACAACUGGAGCGUCUUGAAUGUGGACGCCUACGAGGACGUUUCAGAUCGGCUGCGACAGACCAUCCUCCAUGCAAGAAACGGUGCUGUUGUAGGCAAUUUGACAGAUAUCAAGAUAAAGAUUACACAGAAGCCAGGGUGUGGUCAAGAAGGAGUCAUCGGAGAAUCAUUCAAGGCUGUCGUCAGACAUGAUCAGAGAUUUACCUUAGUUGUUCGCCUCAGGGUGGCUAUGGCCUCAACGGGAACACCACUACCUCAGGCCUCACCUGACCCAAAAGAAAAAGCACGGCCUAGGCUCGAAGAUGCCAUGGCUGAGUUAGAAUCGUGUCUUGGAGAGGUCGAGGUGCCCCUUUUCACCGUCCAAGCCACCUAUCGACACUCCCUCUUGCCAGAAAACAGUUUCAUAGUCACAGAAAAAACUUGCAAGAUCCUCAAGACCGAUAGCACCGCUAUUUGGAGUUUGCCAGCCACCGCUACCACCUCACCACAAGCCGACAACGCAAAAACGGAGCUUUACAAGCGCCUGGCAUUCUUCAUAGCAACCAGAAGCACCCCAAAAGAAGCACUCAAAGAGUUUGACACCUUCUUCAAACACGUCCAUCAUGUCGCCGCUUGUCCAGAGUUUGUCAGCUCCGUCCGCAACGAGCUCCACCACCAGAUUUUGGUCAUUUCCUAUCGCGCAAGCAUCGCGUCAUCGACAAAGUCGUCCUCGACCACUUUCGAAAAUCCUUUCCCCUGCCUUGGCCGCUUCUCCUUCGAGGCAAACGAAAAACAGCAAAACUACGUACUCGGCCUGGAACUCUCCCGGUAUCGCUCCGCCUCAGACUCUCCAGCGACAGUUAUCCACCAACGUACGACAGAGCGCAUUACCGAGCAUACCGAGCCGGAUUCUUCCGUAGAUGAGGCGGCACAGAUCUGGAGGCAUAUGCGCAGAGACUCAAAGAGCCGACGCCGGCUACGAAAUGGGUCGCAUGAGAGUCUUGAACGAAUGCAGUCUGCGGACGAUCAUCUGAGGGAGCUGAGGAAGAAGGCGAUUCAGAAUAAGAGGAGCAUUGGUGCGGAUACGCUCAGGAGCUUGAGUAUGGCGUUGACGAUUCCUACGACACCGGAGAGUGGGGGAUCUGUACCCUGGCUUUGAAAGGAGGAAGACUCAGGUAUCAGAAUCGCAUGACCCUAUUCCAAUAACUUUAGUGUAUCGGAUGUUUCUCUUGGAGAAACAUUCGCCUUAGGCUUCCAUCGCUGGAAAACAUAGGUAAGUAUUAUUUUCCCAUUGUUUGCCAGACGGUAUCCGCGGGUGGAAGCUAUGACAUGCGGGUCGUAUACCACAGAGCAUAAAGAGACUCGACAUCAUGUCCCAUCAUGGAACCUUUCCAUACUAUCAACUGGCUCAAGAAGGGUACAUCCUACCCUCAAUACAUACGUUGUUUAUACUUCCCAACUCUACGAGACGUUUCCUCGACAUUGCUUGUCUCGAACGAUCCGCAACUAGCGGUUUGACUUUUUAGCUAUACAAACCGCAGUCAUAUCUAGCUUAAAUACAUAGUCUGCUC